AUGUUGUUCUACCGAACGGCAUUCCAGAUAAAGGAAAAAGUCUUAACCGGUUUAUCCAAAUUCUGGUUCAAGUACACCGAAUCCGUCGCCGACAACCAUCUCAUUUCAACGGAGGUCGAAGAGUAUCCCGACGCUUUGCAACCCGAUGCAGAACUCUUGGAGGGACGCUCCAUGCUUGUCCACAAAGCGGAUCGGGUUGAUGUUGAGUGUGUCGUGCGCGGGUACCUCGCAGGUUCCGGUUUGUCCUCCUAUCAGAAGACGGGAGAAAUCUGUGGUCAGAAGCUCCCGGACGGACUACAGGAAUCUGACCGGCUUCCAGAACUUCUGUUCACGCCAACGACAAAAGCCGAGGAGGGUGAGCAUGACGAACCGAUCUCCAUUGAGGAGAUGCGUAACGAGGUCGGCAGCGAACUUACAGAUACGUUGAUUGAUACCAGUUUCGCACUUUUCAGAGCCGCCACUGAACACGCCGAAAGUGCUGGGAUUAUCCUCUGCGAUACCAAGUUUGAAUUCGGGGAACGCGAUGGAAAACUGAUCGUCAUUGAUGAAGUUUUUACACCGGAUUCCUCUCGGUUCUGGCCCGCGGAUCUCUAUGAACCCGGUAAACCGCAGCAGAGUUUUGACAAGCAGUUUGUGAGAGAUUACCUUUCCGAAAUCGGUUGGAACAAACAACCGCCCGCGCCUGAACUGCCGGAGACUGUUAUCUCUAAAACAAGUGAGAAAUAUCGCGAGGCAUAUCGCCUCAUCGUUGGUGAAAAAUUGUAG